AUGAGCGCCUGCUGGGGUCCAGCGGUAGCUGAUAAUGCAGGUCCACUGGCCUUCUUUCCUCAGUGGAAGCUGAAACAUUAUGACGUUAUUGUAGGUGUUUUGUCAGCUCGACACAAUCAUGAACUGCGCAGUGUUAUAAGGAACACUUGGUUCAAGCACCUGAAACAACAUCCUGCACUGAGCCAACGUGUCCUUGUGAAGUUUAUAAUAGGUGCGCAUGGUUGUACUGUGCCAGUGGAGGACAGAGAAGACCCCUACUCCUGCAAACUUCUGAACAUCAGUAACCCAGUUUUAAAUCAGGAAAUUGAAGCAUUCAGUCUCCCUGAGGAUGUGCCUUCUGUGCUAUCUGAAGACAAAAUUGUCAGUGUGAACUUUCGUGUACUUUACCCCAUUGUCAUUACCAGUCUUGGGGUGUUCUAUGAGGCUGAUGGGGUGGGAUUCCAGAGGAACAUCACUGUAAAACUGUACCAGGCAGAGCAUGAGGAAGCUCUCUUCAGUGCUCGCUUUAGCCCACCAAGCUGUGGAGUGCAAGUGAACAGGUUGUGGUACAAGCCAGUAGAGCAGUUCAUUUUGCCAGAGAGUUUCGAAGGUACUAUUGUGUGGGAAAGCCAGGAUUUUCAGGGUCUUGUUUCAAGAAACCUUCAUAAAGUGACGGUGAAUGAUGGAGGGGGUGUUUUCAGAGUCAUUACAGCAGGGGAAGGGUUGCUCCCACAUGAACUCACAGAAGGAGUAGAGGGAAUAGCAGGUGGUUUUAUCUACACCAUUCAAGGUAAGUUUGCACAACAUAGCAUCAC